UAUUCUUUGAAUCUCGGCUGAUAUAAUUCAGCAUCCGACAAAAACCUUGACAUACCACGAGACAAUUUGCAAGAUUCCUCAAAUAAAUAACUAAUUACAUGUACUAAAUCAUUUUCUAUCAAUUUUUUUUCGCAAGUGUUCGAUUAAUUUUAUAUGAGAUGAACAUUUGCAACAAUCAUUCCCUUGAUAAAAAAUAACUUAAAAGUAAAGAACGUAACAAGAAUCCAUAAGAAACUGUGAAUUAUUUCAUAAUUGGGAGGAGAAUUAAAACAAAAAAUCAAUUCAACUGUAAAAGGAACCUCCUCGUAAAAUUAACUGUAGUGAAUCUCAUCUACAAGAAGCCAGACGAGAUCUGUAAAUAAAAAAAUCAAAAAUCGAUAAAUUCUAGUCAGAUGUUAUCCUCCUAGACAAUCUCUCAUCUACCCAAGAAUCUUCAAAACUAUCAAGAUGUACUCCGUCCGCAGAGCUGGCCGAACACUGGCCAUCCGGCGGUUGACCCAUCGAAAUUUCGAUGCAGCAUUCGGCACUGAUAUCCAAUAUAAGCCAAUUCGUAGUGUCUUGGUUGCUAAUCGGGGUGAGAUCGCCAUUAGAAUCUUUCGAGCAUGCACAGAACUUGGGAUUCGUUCGGUGGCGAUCUACUCCGAACAGGACAAAAUGCAGAUGCACAGACAAAAGGCAGAUGAGGGUUACGUGGUAGGUCGAGGUCUUCCUCCAGUGCAAGCUUACCUAAACAUUCCAGAGAUCAUAAAAAUUGCCAGAGAGAAUGAUGUCGAUGCUAUUCAUCCUGGUUAUGGUUUCCUGUCGGAAAGAUCCGACUUCGCAAAAGCAGUGGUCGAUGCUGGAAUCAGAUUUAUUGGUCCCAGUCCUCAUGUAGUUCAGCAGAUGGGUGAUAAAGUGGCAGCUCGAGCUGCUGCAAUUGCUGCUGGUGUUCCAAUUGUUCCUGGAACUGACGGGCCAGUGACAACGUCAGAGGAAGCGAUGGCUUUCUGUCAAAAACACGGCCUUCCAGUGAUUUUCAAGGCUGCCUACGGUGGUGGUGGACGAGGAAUGCGAGUUGUUAGACAGAUGGAAGAAGUUAAGGAGAUGUUUGAACGAGCACAUUCAGAAGCCAAAGCAGCUUUUGGCAAUGGUGCAUUGUUCAUCGAGAAGUUCAUCGAGCGUCCAAGACAUAUUGAGGUUCAACUCCUAGGAGAUAAUGCAGGAAACGUCGUUCAUCUUUACGAAAGAGACUGCUCUGUUCAGAGGAGACAUCAGAAGGUUGUGGAGAUUGCUCCAGCGCCUCGACUAGACAAGAAAGUCAGAGAUAAAAUGACUGAAUAUGCUGUUAAAUUGGCACAAUUUGUGGGCUAUUCAAACGCAGGAACUGUGGAGUUUCUGGUUGAUGAGAAUGGAAAUUUUUACUUUAUUGAAGUUAAUGCGAGACUACAAGUGGAACACACGGUUACUGAGGAGAUUACAGGAAUUGAUCUAGUGCAAUCGCAGAUUAGAAUUGCGGAGGGAAUGACACUUCCUGAGUUGGGCAUGACACAGGAAAAAAUAUCACCUCAGGGCUAUGCAAUUCAGUGCAGGGUAACUACCGAGGAUCCUGCGAAGAGCUUUCAGCCGGACACUGGAAGGAUUGAGGUUUUUCGAUCUGGUGAAGGAAUGGGGAUCAGAUUGGACAGCGCUUCUGCUUUUGCUGGAGCUAUCAUUUCUCCGUAUUAUGAUUCGUUGUUGGUGAAGGUCAUUGCUCAUGCUGGGGAUCUGCAGUCAUCCUGUGCGAAAAUGAACCGAGCACUGAGGGAAUUCAGGGUCAGAGGAGUCAAAACUAAUAUUCCGUUUUUGUUGAACGUACUGGAGAACCAAAAAUUUCUGAAUGGAAAUGUAGACACUUAUUUCAUCGAUGAAAAUCCACAGCUGUUUAAAUUUUUAUCCAGUCAGAAUAGGGCGCAGAAGCUGCUGAAUUAUCUGGGGACUGUUCUGGUUAAUGGGCCCAGUACACCAUUGGCAACGCCGUUAAAACCUGCAGAGAUUAAACCGCAUAUUCCAGAGAUUGAUGUCGAUACUUUGAAGCCACUUCCGGGCCUCAAACAAGUUUUAACAGAAAAGGGACCAGAGGGAUUUGCCAAAGCUGUUCGUGAGCACAAAGGUCUUCUCCUUAUGGACACAACUUUCCGAGAUGCACAUCAGUCUCUUCUCGCAACUCGAAUUCGUUCUCACGAUCUCCUGAAUAUCUCACCCUUCGUUGCUCACAAAUUUUCCAAUCUUUAUGCCCUGGAGAAUUGGGGUGGUGCCACUUUCGAUGUUGCUCUGAGGUUCCUACAUGAAUGCCCUUGGGAAAGGCUGAUCGAAAUGAGAAAAGCUAUUCCCAAUAUUCCAUUUCAAAUGCUCUUGAGGGGGGCUAAUGCCGUUGGUUACACCAAUUAUCCGGAUAAUGUCGUCUACAAGUUUUGCGACCUGUCAGUGCAAUGUGGAAUGGAUAUUUUCCGAGUCUUUGACUCACUGAAUUAUCUUCCUAAUCUUAUCUUAGGAAUGGAGGCAGCUGGAAAAGCAGGAGGAGUAGUUGAGGCUGCCAUAUCGUAUACGGGAGAUGUGUCGAAUCCCGAGCGGUCCAAAUACGACUUGAAGUACUAUACAACGCUCGCUGAUGAGCUGGUAAAGGCAGGUACCCACGUGCUCUCCAUAAAAGACAUGGCAGGACUCUUAAAACCCAAGGCAGCUGGUCUUCUCAUCGACGCAAUUCGUCAACGUCACCCCGACAUUCCCAUUCACAUUCACACCCAUGAUACAGCUGGUGGUGGAGUAGCUGCAAUGCUGGAAUGCGCUCGUGCUGGAGCAGAUGUUGUUGAUGUAGCAGUGGACAGUAUGUCCGGGAUGACCAGCCAGCCCUCGAUGGGUGCAGUGGUGGCCUGUCUUCAGGGUACAGAAAAUGAUACAAACUUCGAUCUCCGUGAUAUAUCUGCGUACUCUGCUUACUGGGAGCAAACACGUACCCUUUACGCACCUUUUGAAUGUACAACAACCAUGAAAUCUGGAAAUGCAGAUGUUUAUCUUAACGAAAUUCCUGGAGGACAAUAUACUAAUCUGCAAUUCCAGGCUUACUCUCUCGGUCUCGGAGAAUUUUUCGAGGACGUCAAAAAAGCGUAUCGAGAGGCAAAUCUUCUUCUUGGAGAUAUUAUCAAGGUCACACCAAGUUCCAAAGUUGUUGGUGAUUUUGCUCAAUUCAUGGUGCAGAACAAAUUAACAGCUGAUGAUGUGCUUAACAAGGCUGAAGAUUUAUCGUUUCCAAAAUCAGUGGUGGAGUUCCUCCAGGGGGCUAUUGGGGAGCCUCAUGGUGGAUUCCCUGAACCAUUGAGAUCGAAAGUGCUUAAAGAUAUGCCAAGGGUGAAAGGCAGGCCUGGUGCCAGUCUAGCGCCUCUGGACUUCGGGAAAUUGGAGAAAGAAUUGCGAGAGAGCCAUCCAACAAUUAGUGAGAAGGAUAUUAUGUCUGCUGCACUUUAUCCUCAGGUAACAGAAGAUUUUCUCACGUUUAGAGAACAGUUUGGCCCUGUAGAUAAAUUAGAGACAAGGAUAUUCCUUACUGGACCGAAAGUUGGAGAGGAGUUUGAAGUUACGAUCGAGAAGGGAAAAACGUUAGGAAUAAAGACUCUGGCGAUGGCUGAGGAUCUGACGCCCAACGGCGAAAGGGAGGUAUUUUUCGAGAUGAAUGGACAGUUGAGGUCGGUGUUUAUUAAAGAUAAGGAGGCUGUUAAGGAGUUGCACAUUCAUCCGAAGGCAAGCAAGUCCGAUAAAAAUCAAGUCGGAGCUCCAAUGCCAGGAACUGUUAUUGAUAUUAGAGUAAAACCUGGUGAUUCAGUAGAGAAGGGCACUGCUCUUAUUGUUAUUUCUGCUAUGAAAAUGGAGAUGGUGGUGCAGGCACCGAAAGCAGGAAAAAUCAAAUCGUUGGAUGUUGCUCAAGGGACAAAGAUUGAGGGAGAUGAUUUACUUCUCACAAUGGAAUGAAGGAAUAUCUCCAUACUAUUCAAUGACUAGCGAUGAUUCCAGUGAACUCGCUGCUUUGUUGGCUGUUCUAGGGUGCUAUCCAUUUACUAUACCAACGAUUUCACGCUUUGAUGAGCAACCGUUGAACAAACGCGAAAAACAGUUCUUCAUUAUCAGAUGAAUCAUAUACUGAAUGUUGUGAGUGAGAGCGACUGGGCCAAGUGUUUACCAGGACGAUGAUUUUGAUUAAGGGGGCAUUGAUACAUCACACUGAUGUGCAGAAACAUUGAAACAUUGAAAUACAUUGUACAUGUAGCAACCCGGUGAUAGGAAGAGUUUGUAGAAUAAUUUUGUACACUCAUUAUUACUCUGAACCUAUCUAAGAGUAACUGAUUUUGUCUUUGUUUUUUUAGCCAAUUAUUAUAUCGAUCUGGAUGAAAUUGUAUUGUCGAAAAUUCAGUAUGAACUGCCGUGGAUCAUGAAUAUAAGAACCAUUCAGCUUGAAAUAUUUUGGUAUCUCUUAUCGAGAGAACGGUUUUAGUAGAAACUGUCAAGUAUUUCGUUCUUCCCAAAAUAAUUCUUAAAAAUAACUGGAGGGUGUUCAGUCAUUUGAGAGGUGAUACAUAAUUUCUGUCGUUAUAUAAUUUUUAAAUAAUUCGACAAUGAGCAACGAAAACAGGCGUAAAACAAAUGUGACAGAACAAUUGUAAUGUAGCAUUUGAUGCUGUUGGUGAUUAUGUUAUUUUAUUAUCGAUUUUAAGGAUUUUGAAUGUAUGGCAAAAAAGGGCUCACUGAAAAAUCUCCUCUGGAGUCGUUAGUUCGAUAAUGAUGCGGUUGAGUGCAACGGGCCCUCCGCGGUGAGUUUUAAGUGUUUGCAUGGAGUGAGGAGAGGAUAAUAUAGGUAUUGAAUUACGGGUGUGUGAUGAGUAUGGGGGAGGGAUAGGAAGUGAAAUAUGAAAGGUAAAGUGUAAGAGGAUGGAGCUGAAUUUUAAAGAACAAUGAAAGAAUAUUUAUAUAAAUAUGGUAUUUAUUUCCACUGUCACUGGCAACUCAGACAUAAAAUUAAAAAACUAAAUUCCAUAA